AUGUCGAUUAUUGACGGCAAGGCCAUUGCCUUGGAGAUUCGUACUCGCAUCCACGGCGAGAUCAAUGAGUACCAACAAAAGUACCCAGACUUCAAGCCUCGUUUGAGUAUCGUUCAGGUGGGAGAAAGACCAGAUUCCUCCACUUAUGUCCGAAUGAAGCUUAAGGCUGCUGAGGAGGCUGCUAUCGAGUGUAAUAUCAUCAAUUUGCCCGAGACUAUUACCGAGUUUGAGUUGUUGACUCGCAUUGAAAAGUUGAACAACGAUUUGACUGUCGAUGGUAUUUUGGUUCAACUUCCUCUUCCUGGCCAUUUGGACGAGUCCAAGAUCACCAAUUCGGUUCAGGCAAAAAAGGAUGUCGAUGGUUUUGGUCCGUACAAUGUUGGAGAGUUGGCUAAGAAGGGUGGCUCUCCAUACUUUUUGCCUUGUACUCCCAAGGGUAUCAUGGAGAUGCUUGAAAAAGAAGGUGUUCAAGUUGCCGGAAAGCACGCUGUCGUUUUAGGAAGAUCCGACAUUGUGGGCAAGCCAGUGGCUCACUUGCUCAACAGAGCAAACGCUACGGUGACCACUGUUCACUCGCAGACUCCUCAGGAUCAAGUUGAGUUCUUCUUGAAGCAAGCUGACAUUGUGGUUGCUGCAAUUGGAAAGCCUCAGGUUAUCAGAGGUGAAUGGCUUAAAAACGGAGCUGUUGUCAUUGACGUGGGAACCAAUUUCAUUCCUGACAGCACCAAAAAGUCGGGAAGCAGAAUGGUUGGAGACUGUGAUUUCGAGUCCUGUUCCAGAGUCGCUUCGAAAAUUACCCCAGUUCCCGGUGGAGUUGGACCCAUGACUGUGGCCUCGCUUUUGGAAAAUGUGAUCCACGCUGCCAAGGAGCACUAUUCUGCCAACAACCAGACUCGUCAAUUCACCAACCCAUUGAAAUUGAACUUGCAAACUCCUGUUCCCAGUGACUACGAAAUCUCUCGUGCUCAACAGCCUAAAAAAAUUGAUCAAGUAGCAUACGAGGCAGGCAUUUUGGAAAGCGAAUUGGAGCCUUUUGGUUCGUACAAAGCCAAAGUGUCACUCAAUCUCUUGGACAGAUUGGAAAACAAAGUCAACGGAAAGUACGUUUUGGUCACCGGUAUCACCCCAACUCCAUUGGGUGAAGGAAAGUCUACCACCACUGUUGGUUUGGCGCAAGCUUUGGGAGCUCAUUUGCAAAAAAAUGUGUUUGCCAAUGUCAGACAACCAAGUAUGGGACCCACGUUUGGUAUCAAGGGAGGAGCUGCUGGUGGAGGUUAUUCGCAGGUUAUUCCUAUGGACGAAUUCAACAUGCACGUUACUGGAGAUAUUCAUGCUAUUACGAUGGCCAAUAACUUGUUGGCAGCAGCCAUUGACACAAGAAUGUUUCACGAAAGUACCCAGAAGGAUGGACCCUUGUUCCGUCGUCUUGUUCCUGCCAAGAAGGGAGUUCGCAAGUUCACUCCAAGUAUGUUGAGAAGAAUCGAAAAGCUUGGAAUUAACAAGACCAAUCCUGAUGAUUUGACAGAAGAAGAAAUCUCAAGAUUUGCUCGCUUGGACAUUGAUCCCGACACCAUUACUUGGAGAAGAGUUGUGGACUGUAAUGAUCGUUUCUUGCGUGGAAUCACCAUUGGUGAAGCUCCAACCGAGAAAGGUUUCACCAGAAAGACAGGGUUUGACAUCACAGUGGCUUCUGAGUGUAUGGCUAUCUUGGCGCUCGCAAACUCGUUGCAAGACAUGAGAGAAAGAUUGGGUAAAAUGGUUAUUGCUUCCUCUAAGGCUGGUGAGCCGGUUACAUGUGAGGAUAUCGGUUGUGCUGGUGCUUUGACUGCGUUGUUGAAGGAUGCCAUCAAGCCAAAUAUCAUGCAAACCUUAGAAGGAACACCGGUGUUUGUCCAUGCUGGUCCAUUUGCCAACAUUUCCAUUGGAGCGUCGUCUAUUUUGGCAGAUAAAAUGGCUUUGAAAUUAGCUGGAACUUCUGCCUUGUUGAGUGCGGAAGAAAGAGCCCAGCAAGAAGGUUAUGUGGUUACCGAAGCUGGGUUUGACUUUACCAUGGGAGGAGAACGGUUCAUGAACAUCAAGUGUAGAUCUUCCGGAAUUUCUCCUGAUGUCAUUGUCAUCGUUGCUACGGUUCGUGCCUUGAAGGUUCACGGUGGAGGACCCGAAGUCAAAGCCGGAGCACCUUUGGCUCCAGAAUACACUCAGGAAAAUGUUGACCUUUUGCGUGCUGGAUGCAACAAUCUUGCAAAGCAUAUCUCGAACGCCAGAACCUACGGACUUCCCGUGGUGGUCGCUAUCAACAAGAUGUCUUCAGACACCGAUAAUGAGCACCAGGUGAUCAGAGAAGAAGCAUUGAAGGCUGGAGCUGCCGAUGCCAUUGUUUCCAACCACUGGGAAGAAGGUGGAAAGGGAGCUGUCGACUUGGCUCAAGGAGUUAUCAGAGCUUGCAAUUCUGGAGAGAAUAACUUUAGAUUCUUGUACGACACUGCUCCAAGUGUGGAAGAGAAAAUCACCACCAUUGCCAAAGAAAUGUACGGAGCUGGUGAAGUGGAGUUUCUUCCUGAGGCUCAAAAGAAGAUCGAUACUUAUACCAAACAAGGAUUUGGAUCGCUUCCUAUUUGUAUUGCCAAAACUCAAUACUCGUUGUCUCAUGAUGCUGCUUUGAAAGGUGUUCCUACCGGGUUCAAAUUCCCCAUUAGAGACGUCCGGGCUUCGGUUGGUGCCGGCUACUUGUACGCCUUGGCGGCGGAAAUCCAAACCAUUCCUGGAUUGCCCACCCACUGUGGAUUCAUGAACGUCGAAGUUAACGACGAUGGAGAAAUCGACGGACUUUUCUAG